CAGGAGGCACCAAGUCCCCAAGCAUGUGGGGUGGAAUAGCCCUGGGCAGGCUGUGGGAAUGAGGGAGUUAACGGUGGUGGCUUGCUCCUCUCUGGGAGGAAAACUCCCCAUAAACGCCCUGCUCCCUGGCCUUCUGCCAGGGCCAAGAACAGGGGCUGAAAACUGGAAGUUCAGGCAGGCGGCCAGCUCUGCCUCUAGCAGGCGCUUGAGCAGGACAGCAGCCCCGUCGCCACUGGUGGCUGGUCUGUAUGCCCAUCAGUCCGCCGGGGGGCCUCCAAUCAUCUGUAAGCCUGUCUGUCCAUCUGUCUACAAUCCUGUCUCUGUCCAGUGUCUCUCUGACUGUCCUUCUCUUCCUAGCCUAUGUUCAGCUGUCUAGCCUGUCAAUCCAUUUGUCUGUCUCUGGUCUUCAUCUGUUCAUCUGUCCCAUCACCAGCGAAUCUGUCCAUUCAUCCACCCACCUGUGUGUCCAUCCACCUGCCUUCUCUCUCCACUCCGGGCCUCAGAGCCAUGGCCCAAGGCCGCAGGGUCACGGCCAGCAUGGUCCUGCUGGGGUUGGGGCUGGCCCUGGCCAUUAUUGUGCCUGCCGUGGUCCUCUCUCGCCGCCACACCGGUUGUGGCCCCCAGGCCUUUAGCCGUGCUGCGGUCGCUGCUGACUCCAAGGUCUGCUCGGACAUUGGACGAGCCAUUCUCCAGCAGCAGGGCUCGCCUGUGGAUGCCACCAUCGCAGCUCUGGUCUGCACCGGAGUCGUCAACCCUCAGAGCAUGGGCCUGGGUGGAGGGGUCAUCUUCACCAUCUACAAUGCAACCACGGGAAAGGUGGAAGUCAUCAAUGCCAGGGAGACAGUGCCCGCCAACUACGUCCCGGGUCUGCUGGACCAGUGUGAGCAGGCCCAGCCAUUGGGCACAGGGGCCCAGUGGAUCGGAGUGCCGGGGGAGCUCCGUGGCUACGCUGAGGCCCACCGCCGCCACGGCCGCCUGCCCUGGGCACAGCUCUUCAGGCCCACCAUCUCCCUGCUCCGAGGGGACUACCGCAUGCCCUUCAUCCUCAGUCAGUUCCUGCAGAGCAACUUCCUGCGUCCUUCCUUAUACAAGACAUCCCUGAGGCAGCUCUUUUUCAACGGCACAGAACCCCUGAGGGCUCAGGACCCAUUCCCCUGGCCUGCACUGGCUGCCACCCUGGAAACCGUGGCCACGGAGGGUGCAGAGGCCUUCUACACAGGGACGCUGGGCAAGACGCUGCUGGAGGACAUUGCAAAUCAAGGCAGCAGGCUGACCCUGCAGGACCUGGCAUCGUUCCAGCCAGAGGUAGUGGAUGCCCUGGAGAUGCCCCUGGGGGACUACACCCUGUACUCACCGCCACCGCCUGCAUCGGGUGCGAUUCUCAGCCUUGUCCUCAACGUGCUCAAAGGGUUCAACUUCUCCUCUGAGUCGGUGGCCAGGUCCGAGGGGAGGGUGAACUUGUACCAUCACCUCGUGGAGACGCUCAAGUUUGCUGGGGGACAGAGGUGGCGGCUGUGGGACCCCCGCAGCCACUUGGAUAUCCAGAAUGUUUCCCAGGACCUGCUGGGAGAAACUUUGGCCCAGCAGAUCCGCCAGCAGAUCGACGCUCGGGGAGACCACCAGCUCAGCCACUACAGCCUGGCUGGGACCUGGGGCCGCCAGACGGGCACGUCGCAUGUGUCUGUGCUGGGGGAGGACGGCAGUGCUGUGGCAGCCACCAGCACCAUCAACACGCCCUUUGGAGCAAUGCUGUACUCACCACGCACGGGCAUCCUCCUCAAUAACGAGCUUCUGGACCUAUGCUGGAGGCGUCCCCUGGGCUCCCAAGUCACCCCCCAACCCGUUCCAGGUGAGCGGCCUCCAUCGUCCAUGGUUCCCUCCAUCUUGGUCAACACAGCCCGGGGGUCAAAGCUGGUGAUUGGUGGGGCCGGUGGGGAGCUCAUCAUCUCUGCUGUGGCCCAGGCCAUCAUAAACAAGCUGUGGCUUGACUUUGACCUAAGAACUGCCAUUGCAGCCCCUAUCCUGCACGUCAACAGCAAGGGCCAUGUGGAAUAUGAGCCCACCUUCAGCCAGGUUUCUGGAUCAUCAGACCCCACACCCACACUCCAGCUGUGGCCAGAGGCAUCUCAGACUCAACACGCCCAACUGGAAGCCAGCUCUGAGGCAACCGGAAACUCUCUGGUGUCCUCCUCUCCCACCCUGGGCACCCAAUCUUCCCUCUCCCCCUCUGCCUGGCUCAGCACUGGCUCCUCCCUCUCCACCUCCUUGGUGCGGCCACUGCCUCCACCCACUCCCCACUCAUGACAAUCAUGGGCCUUGAAAAAUGCAUACCUGAUCCUGUUACGAGGCAGUGCAGAGCUCUCCUCGGUUCCUGGUGCCCCUGCAGGAAUCCCACUCCUCUCCCUCCCUGCCCAUUCCACCCUCGGGGACUUGCCUAGCCGGUGCCCACAUACCACAAGGACCACCAGCAAUGUCCGUGAUCCCACUUACCCAGCCGAGUCAGGAACUCCUUUGCAUAUCUUGCUACACAGAGGAAAUCAGAACCAGGGCUACAGUAUCCCCAAAAUAACACUGGCACAGUACAGACCAGCCCCUACAGAAUAUGGUUAAUGCAGGAUCCAAGGAAAAUGCAUUGUCUGAAACAAUUGCAUGAACAAUAAGCAUCAAAAUGAAUAAAGGAUCUAAAUGAAAGUUAGUAAAGGAGCAGUCAGAACAAUCAGGAAAGCAAGGGGAAAUGCUUAGUAACAACUGAAGCAGAGACUGAUAAAUCUGAAAUCAGGAAAACGGGUCUUUGAAAAAACAAUGGGUUAUUCGACAGCUUACAGUACAAAAGAAGAAAAUGCAAACACACAAAAGGAAUGACAACGGGGAAAUGAGCUCAGAUAUAGAGGAAGUUAAAAGAUCAUUCAUCCAAAUAAAUUUGGCAAGUCCAAUAAAAUAAAUUACUCUCUAGGAUGAUUUAAGUAGGGUUACAUGGGACAAACACUGAAAACGUUGUUUAUCUGAAAUUCAAAUUUAAGGGGGUGUCCUAUAUUUUUGUUUGCUAAAUCUGGCAACCUUUAAUAUAAAUGACAGAUCCAAGGAGGGGCAAAGAUCUAGAUGUGUCAACAAUCAUUAAAAAAAUUAAGAACAUUGCAGGAACACUGGCUUACCUCAAACACCCUUCUAGAAAUUUCCUCAGGUGAAGUGUCCUGCCAUUAAGGCCAGAGACCAGUCUUACCAGUUAAGCCCUCACAGGGAGGAGCAAGAAGGAAAAUGUCUACAUUCACUUUAGGAAGCCAGCAAAACACCGACCCCAAACCUUCUAAAGAGAACCACAGACCAGUUGUGUUUUUGAAAUUCAACACGAAGUUCCUAAAAAAUAUUAGCAUGGAGAAUCUAGCAACACAUGUACACAAUGACAUGUCCCACCUCACCCAGUAGGGUGGACACCAGCGCUGCAAGGAAGGUCUUCUUCUUUCAGUGUAUCCAUGAGUGUGACUCUCACUUCUCUUCUAUCCUGAGGAGAAAUGGUUUAUCUCUACAGAGAAUGAGGGCGCAUUUGACAAAUUUCAAUACCCCUUCUAUUUUUUUUUUUUUAAGAUUUUAUCUAUUCAUUUAAGAGAGAGAGAGCACAAGCAGG